UUUGAAAAACGAUUUUUUGAAAAACACAACAAAGAAGAUUGUCCUAAACGAACCGUUGCAUGUGAAUUUUGUAAGAGCUAAGAGAAAAAAAAUCUCUGAUAAUAGUGUAAUCUAAAGGAUGAUGUAUAUUUUCAGGUCACACAACGAUAUUGUUUGAGGAAGAAAUUUUACAUUUAAAUAUAUGUACAGAAUUUCGUAUACCAUGUCCAAAUCAUUGCAACCAACAGGAUAUACCACGAGGACAAAUGCAAAAUCAUCUUGACAAUGAAUGUGCAAAACAAGAAUUACCCUGUCCAUUUACAGAUUGUGGAUGUGAAUUCAGGGCUGAACGCAUGUCUAUUACCAAACACAUAAAAGAGUCACCGGGUAUUCAUUUAAAUAUGGCUGGUAAAACAAUAUCAUUACAAAAGAAAUUGUUACAACUUCAAGAUGAACGAAUGCAAGAACAAAAGAAGUGGAUCGAACUGUUAGCUAAAAAAGUGAAUGCGUUAGAGAAAUGUUAUGGCAGCCAACUGAUAUGGAAAAUCGAUGGUUAUCAAGAAAAAAUAAUGGAAGCCAAAAGUGGUAAAAAGCCUACGAUAUUUAGUCCACCAUUUUUGACAAGUAGACACGGAUAUAAACUGGCUUGUUCCGCUUGUCUCUUUGGAGAUGGAAAGGCUAAAGGCAAAUAUUUGUCACUCUUUAUUUGUAUUUGUCGCGGUGAAUAUGAUUCAUUGUUGAUGUGGCCAUUCUCUCAUCGAGUCACUUUUACAUUGUUGGAUCAAUGCGAAGAUCCGGAUAAUCGUCGAAACAUUAGUUAUGUUGUUAAACCGAAUACAUGCAAAGAAAAUAAACCAUUUCUCGGAAGACCGAUUGGUGAACGUAAUGCUAGUUUUGGUGCACAAAAAUUCAUGGAUUUGGAUACUAUGUCAACAUUAGAUUACAUUAGAGAUGAUACGAUAUACAUUAAAGUUGAAAUUGAUAGUGAAGAUAUGAUUGUCAUUUGA